AUGGACCCUCAAGCCUACCUAAUGAACCAAGGGUGGUCAGGCCCGGGGAACCCUUUAAACCCUUCUAGACGGCCAGGCGCACACGGUGGGCUUGGUCUAACAAAACCGAUUCUUGUUGCACGGAAGAAAAAUACACAUGGCAUUGGAAAGAAGACGACACACGAUCACACAAACCAAUGGUGGCUACGCGGGUUCGAGGCAGCACUGCGCGGUAUAGGAACAGACGGAAGUGCGACGCCUGGUAGUGGGGAGUCUACUCCCGAAACUCCAAAGAGUGAGCUCUAUAAGUUCUUCGUAAGAGGACCGGGGCUUGCAGGCACUAUCAAACCGAAUGAAUAUAGCAAACCCUUACAAUCAUUACGCCCAGAUGGUGAUACUUCUUCCAGCUCUGUCAAUAGUGGCACAUCAAACCAAAAGAAAAAGAGAAAACGAGAAAAUAUAGAAGCAUCACCUACCGUCGAUGCAUCUCAAGGAAAGAAAGAAAGGAAGAAAAAGAGUAGGGAUAAGAAGGAAAGGCUAGCCAUCUGUGGUAUUGCCACCCCACCAGAGGAGGACCAUAAGGAACAAACCCCUUACAUUGAAACUGUGGAGUCUAUGAAAGAAGAGAUAUCAGGGGGAAGUAAAAGGAAAGAGGAAGAGAGAAGAGAGAAGAAAAGGCGGCAGGCCGAAGCUCUAGCUACUGAACUUCACACAAAACCGAGAACAUCCAAUCAAUCAUCGGAUGAAGAUUCUCCAAAGAAAGAGCGGGAAAGAAGAAGAGCUGCUAAGAAGGCUAGAAUAGAAAAGAAACAGGAGAAGAAGAAGGAGAAGGAGAAAGGCGAGAAAAAGACUCAUAGGAAAGUGAAGAGAAGCAGUAAAGAUUAA